CGGAAAGACAGGAGGCACCCGGGCGCGCGCGCUCGCGAGAGAGAGCGAGAGAGGGAUUGGUGGGUUGCCGCCGGCUGCUGUGGUAACAGGGUUCGGCUGGGGCGCAGCUCGGAAGAGCGCGCGGCUCUGGGGGAAAUUCCUCUUCUCCCAAGAUGGCGGUGGUGGGGGGCGGGGGAGUGAACCCCUUCCUCAGUGACUCCGAAGAGUCCGAGCCAGAGGAGACCAGGCCGGGGGGCAGCAGCAGCAGCGACCCCGGCGUCUCGGGCGCUCCACUCCCCGUCUCUUCUUCCACCUCCUCUUCGCUACCCCUUCAGCAACUGUUGCCGCCGCCGCCGCCUCCACAGGCCGAGGAACCGCCCCGGGUGCCCGUGGAUGCUUUAGCGGCUCAGCUGCUGCGCGACCAGUUCGUCUUGACAGCUCUGGAAUUGCACACGGAGCUUCUGGAGAGCGGCCGGGAACUGCCUCGCCUGCGCGACUAUUUUUCCAACCCUGGCAACUUCGAGCGGCAAAGUGCGGGCGGUGCCGGAGCCCUGGCACCGACUCCUUCCGCCUCAGGAGCUCCCGGGAUCAUAGCGAUGGUCGGAGGCGGUAAGGAGCCCGGCGCCGGACAGCUCCAUCGAGCUGGAAGCAUAAGCACUCUUGAUUCCUUGGAUUUUGCAAGAUACUCAGAUGAUGGAAAUAGGGAGACUGAUGAGCGAGUAGCUGUCCUGGAGUUUGAACUACGGAAAGCAAAAGAGACCAUUCAGGCCCUCCGAGCCAACCUGACUCAGGCUGCAGAAAAUGAAGUUCCUUUGCAGGAACGAAGAAAUUAUAAAUCAAGUCCUGAAAUUCAGGAACCAAUUAAACCUCUUGAAAAAAGAGCUUUAAACUUCUUAGUCAAUGAAUUUUUGUUAAAGAAUGGAUACAAGCUUACUUCAAUAACUUUUUCAGAUGAGAAUGAUGAUCAGGAUUUUGAACUAUGGGAUGAUGUAGGACUGAACAUUCCAAAGCCUCCAGACUUGCUACAACUGUACCGUGAUUUUGGAAAUCACCAAGUUAUUGCAAAAGAUAUUGUAGAUGUAGCAGUUGGUCCAGAAGAGGAUGAACGAGAGGCAACUACUCCUAUCCUAGAAAACAUUCCUGUAUUUGGAACAUCAGAAUCAAUAGAGCAAUGCGUGCUGGUGCAGAAAUUGGAAGAUCAAAUUAAUGCAUUAAGCACAGAAAAAUGGUCUCUUAUGGAGCAGAUACAAAGACUUGAAAGUGAAAUAGACUACUUGAGAAGUCAAAAAAUCUCCAUUCCAACAAUAUGUGACACAGUACAGUCAUCUUCAGCUCAAGUGCCUCCCACGCUUCCAGAUGAUAAUGGGAAAUAUUUAGACAUUAAGAGUUCAUCUAAUAAUGAUAAACUUGGGAGAACUGAAGAAGAAAUAAUUUUAAAAGAAUCUGAAUGUAGGACUUCUAAAGAGGAUAUUGGAAUACCUUUUGCUUAUAAAGAAAGAGAAAAUUUUCCAUCUCGUUCCCCAUCAAAUAAAGCUGUCAUACAUUUUGAUAAACCUAAUAGGAAGCUAUCGCCUGCAUUCCAUCAAGCAUUGCUGUCUUUUUGCCAGAUGUCAGCAGAGAGCCGUUUGGGAUCAGAGGUGUCUCGAAUUGCUGAUAGUGAAAAAAGUGUCAUGCUGAUGCUUGGACGUUGUUUACCACAUAUUGUUCCUAAUGUUCUGCUUGCAAAACGAGAGGAGUUGAUUCCACUCAUUCUGUGUACAGCUUGCCUCCAUCCUGAACCUAAAGAAAGAGAUCAACUCCUACACAUACUGUUCAACUUGAUCAAAAGGCCAGAUGAUGAGCAAAGGCAAAUGAUUUUGACUGGGUGUGUAGCAUUUGCACAGCAUGUUGGACCUACACGUGUAGAAGCUGAACUCUUGCCACAGUGUUGGGAGCAGAUCAAUCACAAAUAUCCAGAAAGGCGGCUAUUAGUAGCAGAGUCUUGUGGAGCAUUGGCACCAUAUCUUCCUAAAGAAAUUCGUAGUUCAUUGGUUCUUUCCAUGCUACAGCAGAUGCUAAUGGAAGAUAAAGCAGAUUUGGUACGAGAAGCUGUAAUCAAAAGUCUUGGUAUCAUCAUGGGAUACAUUGAUGAUCCAGACAAAUACCAGCAGGGAUUUGAACUAUUACUCUCAGCAUUGGGUGAUCCCUCAGAACGAGUGGUUAGUGCAACUCAUCAAGUAUUCUUACCAGCUUAUGCUGCUUGGACUACAGAAUUAGGAAAUUUACAGUUGCAUCUUAUACCUACAUUGCUUAGUAAAAUUGAAAAAUUACUCAAGGAAAGUGAACAUGGACUGGAUGAACAUAAACUCCACAUGUAUCUUUCUGCUUUACAAUCCUUGAUACCUUCUCUUUUUGCAUUGGUGUUGCAAGAUGCCCCCUUUACAAACAAAGCUAAGCUUCAGGGAGAAGUCCCACAUAUAGAAGUAACAAGGUUCCCAAGACCUGUAUCACCUCUACAGGAUGUGGCCACUAUAAUCGGAAGUCGUGAACAACUAGCUGUAUUGUUGCAGCUUUAUGAUUACCAGUUAGAACAUGAGGGUACCACAGGAUGGGAUACCUUACUAUGGGUUGUCAAUCAACUGUUGCCUCAACUUAUUGAAAUUGUUGGUAAAAUCAAUGUAGCUUCAACAGCAUGUGUUCAUGAAUUCUCAAGGUUUUUCUGGCGACUUUGCCGAACAUUUGGAAAAAUUUUCACCAAUACAAAGAAAAUGUGUAUGCCAGCACAUUUUUCCACUGUACUGUGCAAUUAUCCAUUUAAACACAAAGUAGAUGCUGCAGCAGGGAAUGGAGUACUAACAAAAGCCACAGUUCCUAUUUACGCAACAGGUGUACUUACAUGUUAUAUCCAGGAAGAAGAUCGCAAGCUGUUAGUAGGAUUUUUAGAAGAUGUCAUGACUAUGCUUUCAUUAUCUCACGCUCCCCUUGAUAGCCUAAAAGCAUCUUUUGUGGAAUUAGGGGCAAACCCAGCAUACCAUGAAUUGCUGCUAACUGUAUUAUGGUACGGAGUUGUCCAUACUUCAGCACUUGUUCGAUGUACAGCUGCCAGAAUGUUCGAGCUGACUCUUCGAGGCAUGCGUGAAGCCUUAGUUGACAAGCGGGUUGCUCCGGCCCUUGUUACCUUGUCCAGUGAUCCUGAAUUCUCUGUAAGAAUAGCCACAAUUCCUGCUUUUGGGACCAUCAUGGAAACAGUCACUCAGAGAGAGCUUUUGGAAAGAGUCAAAAUGCAGUUGGCCUCUUUCCUGGAAGAUCCCCAAUACCAAGACCAACACUCUCUACACACAGAAAUAAUAAAAACCUUUGGAAGAGUCGGUCCAAAUGCUGAGCCAAGAUUUAGAGAUGAAUUUGUUCUUCCACAUUUGCAUAAACUUGCCUUGGUUAAUAACCAGCAAUCCGCAGACUCAAAACGACUGGACAUAGCUACGCAUCUCUUUGAAGCCUAUAGCGCACUCUCCUGCUGUUUUAUUUCAGAAGAGUUAAUGAUCAGUCAUUUCUUACCUGGACUCAGGUGUUUAAGAAAUGACAUGGAAGCUCUCUCACCAGAACAUGAGGUAAUUUUAAAUUCCAUGAUAAAAGAAUGUGAACAGAAAGUGGAAAAUAGGAGUGUUCAAGAACCACAAGGUUCUAUGUCAAUUGCAGCAAGCCUUGUGAGUGAAGAUACCAAGACCAAGUUUCUGAAUAAAAUGGGCCAGUUAACCACUUCAGGUGCCAUGCUGGCUAAUGUAUUCCAGAGGAAGAAGUAAAUUGGAAUUAAGAAUUAAAGAACAUUAAUACUGAGAGACCUCAUUAAGACUUGUUCCUUGUACUUGAAGUACUUGUCUUUUUAUUUUCCAUCUUAUGUUCUUGUAGUAUAAUUUUACUCUAAUCUACAAAGAUAUUUGCACUGCUCUUGAAUAUUGCUACAUAUUUGUUAAUUUGGGGCAAAAUGUGGUUGAUUAUAAAACUAAAGUCUGUAUCAAGUCUCUGUCCUGUGUUCUUGUCUUUCCAGCAUUUUUUAUAUAUAGUGGGUUUUUUUAAUUUCCUGAUGGGUUCUUGGCUGAUAUCUGUAUUAUACAUGGAACUGUUAUGAUGGUACUUAAAAUAAUGUAAAUUUGAAGUCACGGUUAUAAAGUAAUAAAAGUGGAGAUUACUUAUGUAUUUAAGUUAUAAGAGGGGUAAUGCAGAGCUUUUUUAAUGUUUCUAAAAUGAAAGGUAAGAGCCACCAGCACUGAUUCCUGGAUUGUUUUUGUAAGUUAUUGUAUAUUUGAAUUACAGAAGUGAAUGGAGGAUAUAAUGUACCACGGAAUUCCUUGCACUACUAGUACUACAGUAUAUUCCAAAACAGAUGAAUACAGCAGAUUUUUUAAAAUGUCUCUCAAACAUGUAUUGGCAUUUUCAAUAUGUAUAAAACAGCUUAGUAUUAACCGUUCUGCAAGGCAGUUUAUAGCGGGAAGGGGAGGAGAAAUAAAUAGUGCAAACUUAAUCAUAUGUACCUUGAUGAAAGCCAUACUGAUUUCAAUGAAGGUUUCUUUCAUAUGAAUGAGUCUAAUAUUGCCUUCUUAGAAUAAACUUUUAAGUGAUACUGCUCUACAUAAUUGCUUCAAGCCAACAUCAUGUUUCUGCAUACAACAACCCUGUGUUUGAAGUCUGUCCUUGCUAAAAUAACAUCUACUUAAAUACCCCUCCAAAAAAUAAUUGACAUAAAACAUUCUGGGCACUACAUAAGGUAAACAUAUUUAUAGGAUAUUAGGCAAAAGGACUGGUUGUAGUGGUAAAGAGAUUGGCUAGCAUUUUGUUUAACUUGGGUUUUAAAUCUUGCAGGGCAAGGAUGAAAUAAAAUGUGUUAUCCAAUGCCCCAAGUAGCACAGAAAUGACUGAAAGCAAUAAUUUAUUAAAUUUUAAAUGAAAUGCCAUAUCCUCUUAACAUUCUGAUAUUUUUAAAAUUGCAACUGUAAUGAUCUGCUAUCCUUGUAGCAUUUUUCAGUGGUGAAUUAAUCUAAGCCCACCCAUUGUUUCAUAGCUCUAUAAAUAUCCAGGUGCAAAAUCUGGUCCACUAUACAGCUUUCACCCUUUUUGCAUUUUCUCCAUACUACAGAUUUUGUAAAUAUGCAUGCACAUACACAUUAUUUUCAAAAAUAAAAGGAAAACGUUACCUAAUGCUGUGCCUAUUUUAGUGAAAUUAUUACUUUUGUGUUAAAUCUGGGGUAGUGACAAACAGACCUGAAACACUUGUAGAAUCCUAGUUAUAAGUAUCAGUAAAUCUGUUAUACACAUUAUCAAGAUCAAGCUCUCUGUUAUUUCAAGGCAAAGGAAUAGCUUUUCUGUUAUUGCUUUUUAAUUAAUUGUGAUUAACACACUUCAAUAAUUAAUCUUGGAAAGAAAUAUCACAAAUAUCCUUAGCCCAUUGCUAGAUUAAAAUUCUCAUUACUUCCAUCCACCAGUGCCCAAAAUUAAUUCUGGGUAGAGCUGAUAAAAGUUGCAUUCCAGAUUCUGUGAUAGGUAGUAGGUUGGGAAAGCUUGCCUUAUAUACUUCGGGAUUUCUGUGCUGAGAAGUAGAAAAAUAUUAAUUAAAACUUGUCUAAAAGAAGUGCAUAUGCAUAUAUCAUCAGUUUUUCACUGUACUAGACUGGAUUGCAUCGAGUAUUUUUACAUUCCCAAUAUAUCUUCAUCAGAAGAGAGAAUGCACUUGGAAAAGAAUCCAUUUUGCAUUAAAAUUGCAAAUAUACCCAUUUUGAAGUCCGAUGAGGAUGAAUGAUGAAUGCGUAUUCACCUCACUAUCUGCCAGUUGUACUAACUAUUGCAAAUGCUGUUUUAGGAGACCAUCUGAUAAUGAAAUGCUGGGGCAUUCCAGAAGAAGUAGAAGUGGCUAACUCUCCUGUUCUUUCUUGAAUUAAAUAAAAUGUUUUGCAUACUU